AUGCUAUUCAUCAUCCAGAUAUCCUUGGUCAGCAUCAUCAAUAGCAAGCAAAGGAAACAUCUGACCGUUAUCUGCAGGAUGUGGAUCAAUAGCGGUGGUUAUAAUCCUGGUUGUCAGCGUCCGUAUGCAUGGAAUGCAACAGCAUCCACAAAGCACUAGAAUUGCAGCAAAAUUAAGAUGGAUACAAGUAUAGAAGAAACAAGCGUUUUAUAUUUACCAAACACAUCCAUCCAAGAGUCCCACAUUGAAGUGUCCACCCCUGAGUGGCUCUUCAUCUUACCAUUAAGAGUUUGUAACCCUUCCAGGGCAAUUAUCAAACUGCCAUCUGUGGCUGUAUUGUUGGGAAUAAAGGUACAACAUUGUUCACCAAACAUAGCACAUACUCCUCCUUUUUCAGCCAGGAGCAUGUCGACAGCAAUACGAUUUUGGAAAGCCAUGAGAGAGGUUGCAGCCAACUGGCCAUGCACCGCCUCAAAACCUUGUUGUGUCCAAUUGCCUAAUUUUUAACAUUAAUGUAUGCAGUUAAUUCUAUCAACGUUUUUAUUAAUAGUACAACAGUCAGCACCCAAAAGGACGAGCCCCCAAAAACUGUACUCCAUGUACCCAUGUUCAAGGGCAGUUUCACAGACAACAAAGAGAGAGUGUUCUUAUCGGCCUGUUAUGUGAAACAAUCCAUAUCAGUACAGUGCUCCUCAUUAAUGCAUUCCUUCCAAGCUAUUCAUCACAUACAGAUCCAAAAAAUAAAACCCAACAAUUUUAUGGUGUCACUCUAAACAGAGUAUAAUCACCCUUAAGAAUAACAGGAUAUGGAAAUUAAAUCACAACAUUUAAUGUUAAUAGAAAAUAAAAAUAAUAAUUUUAACCCUCUAUUCCUCCCCUACACCUAACAUGUACUGAGUUGGCUACCAGCCACCCAGGAAUCCUUUACCUUCACAUCAGGAAGAAUAAACAAUCACAGUGGUUAGUAAAAACAUAAGGUAAUAAAUGAGCAAGAACUGAAAAUAAAUGCGUGUAUGUAUUUUACUAGGCAAAACAUGGAUCAUCCAGCUUGGUCUCAGAGUCAGCAGCAGAGUCACCUGCAUCAUCCUGGGCCGGUAACAACAGCAUCAUACCUGACGCCUGCACCACUCCUACCACUGACCUCCUGAGACAAGGGACGAUGCAAGCAGCACAACACAUUAACAGCAAAAACACAAUUACUAGGGUCAGAAAUCCAGUAACCACCAUAGAAGAGUACUCACCAAACCAGUCACUCAGCCAGGAAAUAAGGCAACAUCCACAAAGAACAAGUAUACCCAUAGAGGCCAUAACUUCACCCAGAAUAGUCACAACAAUAGUUUUCCAUUUACCAAAUAUGUUAUCAAACCAAUCGUUUAUGGAGCUAUCAAUACCAGAGUUCUUAACCAGUUCGUUCGCCAGCGUGGUGAUGGUCACUCAAGCGCUUUGGUCACAGGCCCGUCCGGUGCUAUAUUGUUGGAGAUGAAAGUACAACACAUAUAUCCAAACAGAACACAAACCCCGUCCCGCUCAGCCAAAAGCAUAUCUAAAGCUAUUCUAUUCUGCCAUGUCAUUAAGCUAGUUGCCGCUGUCUGCUCAGCUAAUCCCUUUAUUGCAUCACGAGUGUGGUUUAUAAAUAUUUUGCUGGUUAUAUUAAAUAUAAUUUAUCCAAUCUACAUUUUUAUUAAUUGUUGACCAUCAGAAAAUACUUGAUUCAAACUCAGCUGCGAUCUGAUUGUGGAUCCCAUCAAUAUAUAUCCUUUCAUCAAAGGCUCCCGGGAGGAGGUCCUACUUUCUAUGUGACAACUCACCAAUCUCUGACACGUUUGAUUGUUUGCGUAUGUAGGUGAGUUCACAAUCAGUUAUCACCACACAUCCAUCAGAUGUCAGCACGGGCCUGGUUUUGGCUCCUAUAAUCCUCUUGCUGCAACAAAGAGGAGAGAUUAGACUAGAAAAACAAUUUAGAAUCCCCUGUGACUUCAAACUGAGGCAACCCAGGUCGGGAUGACUUUGUUAUCGGGGGAAACAGAUAGUGCAAGUUACCAUAAGACUCUUUCACCACAUUCCCAGGUGGCUUGCAUGGAGGAAAAACCUGACAGAGAGUUAAAGCCUGUCAAGGGGAACGGAGUAGUUGUUAACCCUGGUUUGGCUGUCCCACAGGCAAAACAGUCUUCUUUAGACAUAGUUGUUGCCGUAUACUGAAUCCAUUCCAACCACAGGUUAAGAUUUCUAUACCCCGUUUCCACCUGUACUACUUCCUCCAGGUCUAUAGUUUUGCACUAUCUUUAUCACAGCCCCGGUCUCACUACCUCCCUCAGAGAGGUUUACUCUAGAAUUUCCCCUCUCCCUACGUCUAGCUGUCUCCUAUGCUUUUUCAACUUGUGUUAGGUUAACUACCACUUCUGGCUGAAACAGGAGGGUCCGUGUGUGUUAGGAAUAUGGCCCCCACAAUCAGACAGCUACCUACCGUCGGGAGACCUGUGAAUCCCCACCCUUGCCCUGAGAACAUGUCAGAUGCCAGAGGCCAACCCAUUGCUUUACCUUCUAUCGAACUCACACAGGGAUGAUCAGACAGGGUAAGGGAAUCUUCGUUAAGGAGGCAACCCCCGGACCAUAGUGGUGAUCGGAUCUUUCUCCUAACUCUGUGUUUGUUCGUCAGGUGUAGCUGGUUUUGUACAGUGUGUGACAUGCACCCAGAUGGAUCUCUCAGCUUUUCUGCUGGCAAAGGCAGUGCUUGGUAGGGCCCUUCCCGCCAGGCCUGAUUCAGUCUCCUGGUUAGAUAGAGUGGGUCACCUUCUCCUUUAGUUCACCUGUGGGGCACAAAACCUCUGACAUACAGGUGUGGUUAAUAAACUAUCAUACAUGUUUUUUUAAAGUAUUUUGUCCUCUCCUUCGUAUAUAUUUAAUAAAGUAUUUUGUCCUCUCCUUCGUAUAUAUUUAAUAUUUAAUCCAACCAUCCCCCUCUUUGACACAUGAUUUGGCCAUGUGUCAAUAUUACCACCUACCUAAACAAUCACUUUAGUUAAUAUCGGUAUUUCAUUAUCCAAUUGCCAUUCCUCCACUCUCUCUUCUGUUAUUUAUGGUUCAAAUCAAAUAUAUUAUUACCAAAUUAUAAUCUUCUUCACAAUUUUCACAGUACUAUAAAUUACCCUCAACUUAGUAAAAUAAACUAUGCUAAAAUCUUCCUCUCAUGCCUUUAGAAUGUACUAGUGUGGAUGAUUAAUUAACACCAGAAUGUUAAAACAGAGUUCAGAGGCCAUUGAAAUCAUUUAACGAACUGUUUAAUCCCAUAGUAUACUAAACAAUUACCAUUAUUCUAAAUAUUUCAUAAAUGUUAGUUAUCCCAAGUGUUCAUUAAGUCCUCAUGACAUUCAUUCUCAUAAGAAAUCAUAUAUACCCCAAACUCAGCCAAAACCUAAAAAAUCCAUAAAAUUCACUGUGUGCACCUUUAAGACCCAUAACCCUUGACCUGCUGAAACCCCCCCCAAAAUUGAAACAAGGCUUUAUAAACAUCAUACUAGGUGUGUUGUUUUUUAUUUGAAAACCCAAUUUGAAAAACAACCACAAAUAGCCAGGCCCUAAUUUGGUAGCUCACUUUUAUGACCUAAAUACGGCCUAACUUCACUACUGCUCCCCUAGCCCUUGGCAACAUUCCAACGAGAUGAGCUAAUCUCUUUCUCCUGGUUAUCCCCAGUCUUAACCCAUCAAUAAUUGUUUGUAUCAUUCUAAUUCCUCCUAACUAAUCCAUUAAACCACUCAAAAUUCCUCGAGUAUACUAUGAUUAUUUAAUUGAUUACCCUAACUUUGCUACAUGUGAUCUCAUCUCAAAUGAUCCAUUUAUCAAUUAUUUAUUCAACCCCCUAGAAAAACCUGUCUUCCCUUCUAUUGUUCCUGUCCUCCCUGUAUAUGUCAUAUUUGAGUUUUUAGCCAAUACAAUCACAGUUACAUCAAAUGUUCCCUCAUUUAAUGGUAUUUUCUUCCUAAUAUAACUUCCCUAAAUGAGAUUAAAUCCCCUGCCUUCCUCUACUAUCCUUAUAUCAUUACUGGAUCAAUGAUAAUAACCGUAACAACUAUCAACAACAAUUGUAAUAACUAAUUCACAUUAAAUUGUGUCUUUUUUCUGAUUAUGCUACAAUUGUAGCCUAUUUUAUCACCCCAGUCCAAAAUAUAAGUUUAUGUAACAAAUCCAUAACCCACUACAGGCUGGCGCCAUUCCCCAGCACAACAGCCAAUGCAUACUUUCAUCCUAACCAAAAUAAAUUAUCGUUUCAAAAUGGUCCAUCUAUCUUGUAUUUCCCCGCUAACCCAUUUCAGUUCGCUAUUCAAUUUAUCUAACUGUUCUCUCUGAUUAUGCCCUAAUUAAUAAAACAAAUACUUGCUAUCGUUGAUUAGCAUACAUUUAAUGAUGUUCCUACCAUCCGAACUGUACUGUCUCUCACCCUCCCCUUGCUCCUUCGGGGAGAGAGCAUGGUAACCUUAUAACAUAUUUUCAUAGACUUGUCUAGAAUACUUCUAUUUAAGCUAUCUAAUUCAACCUUUCACAUCCACAUAGUAAUCUAGGUAUAUAGCCCCACUGCGAAAGCUUUGUCUACUGUCCCUACCUGUGUUCGAACCAGGGACAUCGCCAGUCACUCCACAACCUCUACGAUUCUCACAAAGUAAAUACUUUCACGUCGCACAUCCAGCCACGUCAUCACCCCCGUCUAGCCAGCCCUUCCGUCUCAAACACCCUAGUAGCCUAAAUAAAACACACUCUAACAGCGUUCUGCAUUUUCCUCUAUCAUCGGGUUUAAGAACUAACGUAACAACAUUAACUAUUCUCUAUUGCUGUAGUAACGUCUUGUUUGGUUCAGUUUAUUUAUUACGGAGUGUCCAUAAUACUAUAAUAAUACAUAAUCGAAUUCCCCUCAUGCAUACAGAUUUCACCUUAUGCCAUUGAAAUGCCAAAUAAACCAUAAUAGUUCAAUGGAGCCCCCUAUUGGCUCUCCCCUACCUAUACAUUACUUCUACAACCACUUUAGUUAUGGUCCGAUUACAAGUUAAACCUUAUCACAUGAUCAAACAACGCCACAACCUUAAACUCAUAUGGGGCGGCAGGCAGCUUAGUGGUUAAGAGCAUUGUGCCAGCAACCGAAAGGUCGCUGGUUCUAAUCCCCGAGCUGACCAGGUGAAAAAUCUGCCGAUGUGCCCUUGAGCAAGGCACCCAACCCUAAUUGUUCCUGUAAGUCGCUCUGGAUAAGAGCGUCUGCUAAAUGACUCAAAUGUAAUGUAAAAGAACAACACCUCAUAAGGAGUGCCCAGCAGGAGUCCAAUUCCUAUCAGAAAACAUACAUACAAACAUUCAGACACUCCCAAUCUCUCCCAGGGGGAAAAAGUUCUUCUUCACCCUGAGUGAGAUUGUUGUUCCCAUAAGGGUUUCUUCAUUGUGUUGUCAGGAUUGGUUCUCGCUGCUCAAAUCAGCCCUGACUUCUGUCAGUGAUCUAGAAGGAGUGGGGGCUGGUGUGCAAUGAGUUAGAUGGUGUCAGUGUGCGCCUAAUUUACCUCUGACCUGGACUGAGUGUGAAGUAACCUCCUUCACUUCGUACGGUCCAGUCCACCUGGGUUCCAGCCACUUUCUCUUGUGGACUUUAACCCUCACCCAGCCUCCCACGUUUACCUUCAGUGUCAUCGUACUUCCCGACAGCUCCCCCUCUUGGGCCUUCUGCGCCUGAGAAGAGAGUGCUGCAGAAAAUUCCGUCAAUUUCUUCACAUAAUCAGUCAUUUCUAUCUGUUGUACAUCAAGGGCGGGCAUAUGACCUCCCUCCCUUGGUGGACCCGUCAUUACUCUCCCUGUCAUUCGUUGUUCUAUGUAUUCAUUGAAUUUGGGUAUGGUUAUGUUUGGUCCUGCCAUCUUGCUUUCUCUAUCUUGGAUGUAUUAUCGGUAUCAAAUACAGACUUAUCUCAUGUAUGACACCCUCGCAUAUAAAGAGGCUAAUUUAUAUAAUUUGUAAUGCAAUUAUUAUCAUAAGAAUCAGAAUUCCAGUCACAUAUACCAAUGCAGUAAUCUCUACACACAGCACACACCACGCUUUAGUUAUCUCACGCUUGUUCUAGAAUCAUGCACAACUUCAAUAUCAGUCUCCCCAGUCCCCGGUUCCUGAAACCCUAGGUCAAAUUCACUCAAUUCCACAGAUUGGUGUUCGGUCUCAUAAGUCUCACUAUAACUUCCCAUCAUUCAUUACACGUUUAAGAUAUAACACAGACACGUUAAAAUAUAAAACACAGCAAAUUCCACAUAGAUCUAUACUAUGAUUCCACUAUGCCUUCACAUAGAUUUAACUUCCACAUAGAUCUAUACUAUGAUUCCACUAUGCCUUCACAUAGAUUUAACUUCCACAUAGAUCUAUACUAUGAUUCCACUAUGCCUUCACAUAGAUUAAUUCAUAUAAAUCACAGUACGAGAUAUCUCAUGUAUGCCUUAAUUCAUUUAGGAUGGAAAUUUAUUUAACAAGUAUUCAUUCUCACGCUCAGUACUACUGAUCAUAAUUUGGUAUUGGUCUAUAAUACAAUAUGCAAGAUUUCGUUUUAACAGGCUCUGCAUACCUUUUUAGAAGAGCGCGCUCUGAUCAGGUUUCCUGAGCCAAGACGAAUAAUUGAUUUCUCCAGGAUUUUCAGGUCACUCUUCCGUCUGUUUUUUAGAUCGAUGAUUUGCCUUUUCCUCUCGCACCAACUUUUAGAACGAAUUAAAAACCAUUCGGCACCACUCCCGCUCUAUCCUGUAUUUUUGAUCUAGAUAUUCAUUAAACUUGAGUUUUGGGACGGUAGUGGUUGCCAUGGUUAUACAGUUUUUUUUUUUUAGACUAUCUUGGUGCACUUAGCCCGUCACUGGCCGAAACCAGCAAUGUAUUCUUGGCGCUGACUCAGACUUAUCUCUGAUGUCCCACCCUCGUACACAAAGAAUGUUCAAUACUUUUUCUUAGGAAUUAUUUUGCAAAAGGUAUUAUUGUUUUUCAAUUAUUCGAAUUAUUAUAUAUUUUCCCAAAAGGUAUCAGAACCGCCCUUUUGGAACAAUACAUUAACAAACCCGAGCGCUCCUAAAAUAAUUAUCAAUCUAAUUCUAGGAAUUUAUUUAGCAAAAGUUAUUAUUGUUUUUCAGGUAUUCGAGUUAUUAUAUAUUUUCCCAAAAGGUAUCAGAAUCGCCCUUUUGGAAGAAUAUAUUAGCAAACUCGAGCGCUCCUAAAAUAAUUACCAAUUUAAUUUUGGGAAUUAUUUAGCAAAAGUUAUUAUUGUUUUUCAGGUAUUCGAGUUAUUAUAUAUUUUCCCAAAAGGUAUCAGAAUCGCCCUUUUGGAAGAAUAUAUUAGCAAACUCGAGCGCUCCUAAAAUAAUUACCAAUUUAAUUUUGGGAAUUAUUUUGCAAAAGUUAUUAUUGUUUUUCAGGUAUUCGAGUUAUUAUAUAUUUUCCCAAAAGGUAUCAGAAUCGCCCUUUUGGAAGAAUAUAUUAGCAAACUCGAGCGCUCCUAAAAUAAUUACCAAUUUAAUUUUGGGAAUUAUUUUGCAAAAGUUAUUAUUGUUUUUCAGGUAUUCGAGUUAUUAUAUAUUUUCCCAAAAGGUAUCAGAAUCGCCCUUUUGGAAGAAUAUAUUAGCAAACUCGAGCGCUCCUAAAAUAAUUACCAAUUUAAUUUUGGGAAUUAUUUAGCAAAAGUUAUUAUUGUUUUUCAGGUAUUCGAGUUAUUAUAUAUUUUCCCAAAAGGUAUCAGAAUCGCCCUUUUGGAAGAAUAUAUUAACAAACUCGAGCGCUUCCAAAAUAAUUACCAAUCUAAUUUUAGGAACUAAGGAAAUACCAACUUCCACAAGAGGGAAAAAGUUCAAGUCAGCUUUUAGCGCAGCGGCUACAUAACAAGCAAAAUAGGACUCCGUGGUCCUCUUAAAAGUUAUCAACUAGUUAGUCUCAUGAAACGGCCAAUCUUACACAACAUUCAGGUUAUCAUUUCAACAAUUAAAUUUUUCAUUACAUAUCAGCAUCAACACACGAAUUCAGUUUAAGUUCCUCACAGUACAUAUAGUUGAGUGCCACGUCAACCAAAUUGCCCGACUAUCUGAACUUGUAUUUUUAUUUUUAUUUUUUUGAUUCUCCUCAAGGAGACUCCCAGUCGUUUAAACCAUUCAACUGGCGUCUAGUCGGGAGAACCUUUUCUGGACUUGGAUUCUCACGGAAUUAACUCAACCCGACUAUCUGAAUCUUUUUAUCAAGUCACCAGAUCCUUCUCUUGUGGAUCAAAUAAAAGGGUCCAUCGCUUGUGGACCAAAACCUCUGUAAUAGGCUCCUCACUAGAAAGCCACAUUUCAACAGGAAAAAAAAACCCACUGUAACUAGACUUCUUCUCUUAGAGUCACAUUUCAACAGUAAAAACCUAAGAUUUCAGAUAUCAACAGCAAAAAAUAAAAGGGUCCUUCUCUCGUGAACCACAACCUCUGUAAAUAGACUCCUCACUAGAGAAUCACAAUUCAACAGCAAAUAAAAGUCGGUCCUCCUCUUGUGAACCACUGUAACUAGACUCCUCUCUAGAGAGUCACAUUUCAACAGUAAAAACCUAAAGAAUUCAGAUAUCUUUACAUAUGUGCCUUUUGAGUCAUAAUAGAUAUGUUAUAAAUUUCACAGUAAUCCAUACUCACCCCCAGUCUACUGAUCAUAAUUUGGUUUAUCCUACAAUACAAUAUGCAGAUUUUGUUUUAACAGGUUCUGCUUACCUUUGUAUUGACGUCCGUUUAGAUCAGUUUCCUGAGGCGAGCUGGAUUCCCGGCUGCUCCUGCGGACAGGUCACCCGUCCUUUCAGAUCCGUCUCUUACUUGUCUCCUGUCUCUAUCAACUUUUAUGGACCGAAUUCAGAGUUAGAAAACCAUCCUCUGCUACCAAGUUUGUUGAUAAUCACAAGUUUACUGGAGAACGGAGACCAAGUAGAGACUUUCGGACAAGGUGGAUGAUUGUAUAAUAUAAGGCAGUUUAUUCAGAGGUAAAGAUAUCUGUAAAUAGCGUGCACGGACCCGUUCGUCAACCUCGUAGGGAGAUAUCUGAGAGCGCGCCCCAAAACAUUGUGUGCUGACAUUUUAUACAAUAAAAUAAAGUAGGUUGAUUCUAUUAGUUCUGAUCUUCCGAUUGGUCCUGAUGAGUUGGUCGAGGUCAUCUCCAUUGCAUUGGCUCUGAGUCGGGUUCUCUGUCUUCAGAUGUUCAGCCUAAGAGAAGGGGUUUUUUGUGUGUGUGUGCUUAACAAUGAUGAUGUGUGUGUAUGUGUGUGUGUGUAUGUGUGUGUGUGUGUGUGUAUGUGUGUGUGUGUGUGUGUGUGUAUGUUUAACGAUGAUGAUGUGUGUGUGUGUGUGUGUGUGUGUAUGUGUGUGUGUGUGGGGGGGGUGUGUGUGUGUAUGUCCUCAGAGCAAUAACUCGUGAGUUUGGGAGAGCUGAGAGACCUAUGGCGUGGGUGUUGUCCAUAGCCACCUGCUGAUAAGGCCGACAAGAUAGAAGUCUUUGUGCAUUGUAUUAAAUCCCAAGGCCCAACACAAGAUGGGUUAUGCACAAGAUUUUAGUCAGACCAAGCUAUAACAUAAUAUAUUUACUACGACAGUUUGCGUGCGGUUUCAACUCAAUUGAAGUAGCAUAUUUUGGGAAGCAAGCAGGUGGCCAUAGGUAAUGAGAUCUGAGGAUUGCCUUAAGCAUAUAGGGGUUUCUUUGCUAAGUGUUUUCGUUGGAUAAACACUGGAGCCUGAUAGCCUAAAUGAUGGAGCAGUUAUAUUUGGUAUCAUAAAGGGUUCAUAAACCCUUUAUAAGAAAUAUGCUUCAGAAAUCCUUGAUAAACGAACGUCAAUCCAUUUUAAGGGUGUCAAACGGGUUAUGCCAUCUUUGGAUGAGCACCAGAUGUAAGGGCCUUUUACAUCGCUCAUUAUGUAGUACGACUGCUUAAAUUCUUAUUAAACGUCUAUGUAGUGCUUAUGAUUAUGACUACUCUAUGGAUGCUCUAUAAUGCCUUAAGUUGUUCUUUCCUAGCUUUUUUAAUUUAGAUUAUUAUACACACUACAAUGUUCACACCUAUCUUUGGAUGCAACAAACUAAGAUCAUACAGUAGUUAUUGUUGGAUACACACAGUAUUGUGUUAUGUAAUAAUUCCCUUUCCCCUCAGCCAUAUAGACAAGCCUCAUCCCCUGUUCUCUCACCUCUCUUCCUGGCAGUCCCCUCACCAAAAUGACUAAGACCCUUAGCAUCAUUGUUUGCUUUCACUUUCCACCACUAUGAUUCAUUAUGUAACAAGUAAAUGCUGAUCAAAAUAAAUGGAGAACUAACUAAAUUCUCCACUGAUUAUGGAGUCAGACCUUUUUUGUAUCUAAGCCAGUUCGCUCUAAGCCAUUCUCUAGCAACUCUGGUUAUUAAAACCAGUAUGACCUCACGUAGGAGCCCCGCCAUGACAGUUUUAAGAACUAGAAGUGUAUGUGUGUCUGGUCUUUAACCAAGUAGAACUGUGUGUCUGUCAGCAGGAGGUGGAUGUGGGCAUGAUGGGCAAGACGCCCCCUAACAGAAGAGGGAUAACCUUUGAGGUGGGGGCAACGCUAGAGGCAAGAGACACCCUCAAAAACUGGUGAGUCAUGCUUCAGUCCCUCCAUCACUCUUUCUCAUUCUCAGUACAGUAUAUCUUUCUCUGCCUGCACUCUCUUUGUUGCUUUCCUCAGCAAUUUUUCAGGCAUUCUUUGUCUUUCUCUCUGUCUUUCUGUUAUCAUCUGUUAUCCAGUUCAGUUGCUUUGCUCCAAUCUCAAUCACCCCUCUCAUAUAUCCCCUGCUCCUAGGUAUCCGGCCAACAUAGAGAAGGUUGACUAUGAUGAUGAGAAGAUCCUGAUCCACUACCGUCAGUGGAGCCACCGCUAUGAUGAGUGGUUUGACUGGACCAGCCCCUACCUGAGACCUGUAGAGAGGAUCCAGCUGAGACGACAGGGACUGCAAGAUGACUAUCCUAUCCCUGUAAGAGAUGGACUCUACUUACUCUCCCAACUACUUUAUAUCCCUACUGAUUGCUCUACUUAGCUUUACCUGGUCUUCUAUUUGCUCCACUUACUUCUAUUUGAUUUCAUUUGCUCAGGCUGAGACUGGAUCGAUGUGUGACACUUAAUUUAAUCUGUCUCUUCAGGGAUUUCAUGUGAAUGACAAGGUCCUCGCCAGUUGGUCCGAUUGCCGCUUCUACCCUGCCAAGGUCUUAGCAGUCAAUAAAGAUGGUGAGUGGUUUGGAAGUACACUCAUAUGCAUAUUGAAGAGAUGUAUGUAUUCUAUUAUGCAGAAUAGAGGACCACAAUGGAAAUAAGUCUCUUGACAUUUUUAUGUAUGUAUCCUCGACAAUUUUGUUAUAUGUAUCUGUUGCCUGGUGUAACAUUUAAUAUAUUUUGAAUUGUCAAAUAAAAUAAAAUCAAGCAUCAGUCUGAUCCAUCUGAUCUCCAUUUGCCCUCAGCAUCUUACACCGUGAAGUUUUAUGAUGGAGUCGUCCAGACAGUGAAGGGGAUCCAUGUGAAGCCUUUUGUCCGAGAGGUGAGCUCUUUGUUUCCUUCUCUCAGCAGGGACUGUCAAUUAUUGUUUCUACCUGCUCAAAUGGCACAUACAUUGCCUUCAGAAAGUAUUCACACCCCUUGACUGCAUUUAAAAUGGAUUAAAUUGAGAAUUUGUGUCACUGGCCUACACACAAUACCCCAUAAUGUCGAAGUGGAAUUAUGUUUUUAGAAAUGUUUACAAAUUAAUUAGAAAUGAAAAGCUGAAAUAUCUUCAGUCAAUAAGUAUUCAACCCCUUUGUUAUGGCAUGCCUAAAUAAGUUCAGGUGUAAAAAUGUGCUUAACAAGUCACAUAAUAAGUUGCAUGUACUCACUGUGUGCACUAAUAGUGUUUAACAUGAUUUUUGAAUGACUACCUCAUCUCUGUACUGCACACAUACAAUUAUCUGUAAGGUCCCUCAGUCGAGCAGUGAAUUUCAAACACAGAUUCAACCACAAAGACCAGGGAGGUUUUCCAAUGCCUCACAAAGAAGGGCACCUAUUGGUAGAUGAGUAAAAAGUAAAAAAAAAAAAAAAAAGCAGACAUUGAAUAUCCCUUUGAGCAUGAAGAAGUUAUUAAUUACACUUUGGAUGGUGUAUCAAUACACCCAGUCACUACAAAGAUACAGGCGUCCUUCCUUACUCAGUUGCUGGAGAGGAAGGAAACCGCUCAGGGAUUUCACCAUGAGACCAAUGGUGAAUUUAAAACAGUUACAGAGUUGAAUGGCAGUGAUAGGAGAAAACUGAGGAUGGAUCAACAACAUUGUAGUUACUCAACCUAAUUGUCAGAGUGAAAACAAGGAAGCCUGUACAGAAUAUGUUUGGGGAAAAUCCAACACAUCACUGAGUACCACUCUUCAUAUUUUCAAGCAUGGUGGUGUCUGCAUUAUGUUAUGGGAAUGCUUGUCAUCAGCAAGGAAUACAGAGUUUUUUAGGAUAAAAAUAAACUGAAAUUCACCUUUCAGCAGGACAAUAACCUAAAACACAUGGCCAAAUAUACACUAGAGUUGCUUACCAAGACGACAUUGGAUGUUCUUGAGUGGCCUAGUUACAGUUUUGACUUAAAUCAGCUUGAAAAUCUAUUGCAAGACUUGAAAAUAGCUGUCUAGUAAUGAUCAACAAUCAACUUGACAGAGCUUGAAGAAUAAAAAAACAAAACAAUGUGCAAAUAUUAUACAGUCCAGGUGUGCAAAGCUCUUAGAGACUUACCCAGAAAGACUCACAGCUGUAAUCGCUGCCAAAGGUGAUUCUAACAUGUAUUGACUCGGGUGUAAAUGAGAUAUUUCUGUAUUUCAUUUUCAAUAUUGUGUGUAGAUGGGUGAGUUUUUUAUUUAUUGACUCCAUUUUGAAUUCAGGCUGUAACACAACAAAAUGUGGAAUAAGUCAAGGGGUAUGAACACUUUCUGAAGGCACUGUAUCUGUUCAUAUUGUGUUGGCUUGCCAUGCAAAGGGUCACAUUUAUGUGAGUCAUACUUUGCCUUAUUUCCCUCUCUUUUCAUCCCCCUCUCUUCUGUAAAUAGAGAGGAGGAGGGAAGACUCGGUCUUCUGAGAGGAACGGAGUCAGGAAGCCCCAGAAUGGCAGAGACAGGAGACCUCAGGAAAACGUCCCCAAGAGUAAAAGAGCCAGACACAGUAUCUCUGACCAGGAGGGAGACGGUGAGACAGAGGAUGAUAAUGACGUUGAUGAAGAUGAAUGGGACGACAGGGAGGGGAAGGAGAAGCCCAAGAGGAAGGACGGUGAGGGGGACGUCACCAAAGAGAGUCCACCCACGAUUAAGCAGCAGGAGGAGGAUACAGAGCAGCAUGCAGGACAGAACAACCUCAAGGAUCACAUGACAGCCACUGUGGGCCCGAACGGAGUGAAAGUGGAGGAAGACCAAGUACAGAGUGAGGAGAGGUCUACUCAACAUUUAAAUGGAGGGAUAAAAAAAGAAGAGGUGGAAAUGAAAACUGAGGACACAGUCCUGAGCUCAUCCAAUGAACCUAAGCCAUCCACUGAGUCACCCAAUCAGAUGUCAACACAGACAGGGCCAGUUUCUAUCCCAUUACCCUCAGCUUUGUCCACCAAUGACAGAGUGGAGCAGAAGGCAGCGAGCCAACCGGAUAGCUCCAAAUCUGCACCACUGGGCCUCCCAGUGAAACGUAAGACAACACAACUCCUCAAAAAAUCACUAUCCAAAACAACUUAUAUUUCCAAAUAAUGGAAGCUGUCACUUCACUUAUAUUCUGUCCACAUUUCAAGUCGUCAAAAUAGUAUAGAAGGUUUGAAUAUAUUUAUGAGAAUUCUGAGAGAGUGGAGUGUUUUUUAUUUGUUGUUGAACGUUGUCAGUCAGUGAUUGUCAGUUUAUAUGGUCUCAUUGUGUCUUUGUUCCAGCAAUAAGGAAGCAGGGUUUUCACAACCCCAACAGAUUCAGCAGAGAGCCAUGUGAGUUCUCCCCCUGCACUCUGUUAGAUCAGUUUACAGAAGUGUCUCUCCACUCCUAGCUGUUUGUCCUUCCUCUCUUACACCCCUCCAUUGUUUUUUCAGUGUACAGAGUGAUCAAAAACCAGCCUCCCCCAGUCCUGUCCAUUAACUUGGACCACAACCCAUUUAAAUGCAGCGCUGUGGGCUGCACCAAGUCGUUCCGCAAGGCCAAGCUGCUUCACUACCACAUGAAGUACUACCACGGAGAGGACCAGCAGCUAGAGGACAACCUCAGCCCCACCAGGAGCGUCCAGACCCAGGCCUCAGAGAAGCACCCCUCCCCUACCACUCUGGAGAGUCCUAAGAGGAGACGCACCAUCUCUGCCUCAAUGCGUACGUGUAAGAAAAAGGUCUGUAGAUAGAUUUACCCAAAGUAUUAGUCAUAAUAAAGGUUUUUCUAUACCUGGCAGACUCAACUGUGCACAGUCCUACCAGAACUCCCCCGUCUCCACGUAGUGAGGCCAAGACAAUGAGCAGACGCACGUCAGUGCCACCUGCUGUCAGCACAGAGCCAACACAGAGCCAGCAGCAGAGGGAGAAGAGCAAAGAGAACCAGCUGGACAGGAAUGGACCGAGACCGGUGGUGACGGAGACAUUUUUGAGCAGUAGCAUGGACAUAGGUGUGUAUAAGAUGGAGACAUGUGGAAAGACCUAUAGAGAGGGCUUAAAUACGUCAAUAGAUGUGAGCAAAUGUGUAGCUAUCGUAGCUUAUUUCUGAUCAAAGAUUCACUUUCACUUUCUCUAAACAUGACACAACAGGAAUAUUGUGAAAUUGGGCAUGCUCCAGUAUUUGUAAUGCGUUCAGGGUCUACAACACUCUCUUAACUCCUGGUUCACUCUGUGUCACUCCAGGAUUGGUGAAAGAACGAGACCGGCUGAAAGAUAAGAAACGGACUGACUUCCUUCGCAUUAAACUGAAGAAGAAGAAGAAGAAGAAAAAGGCCAAGUCUGGUAAGAAGGGGACUCUAGUCACCCUACUGUUCUGCAUGGUGCUCCUGUCCUGGAGCUCAGCUGCAGGUGCAAUGUUUCAUUCAGGCCGUGGGAAGGCCCUUUAGCACAGAGACAUCCUACAUUCCUCUUGGUGUGGUGUGGUGUGUGUGGGAUUAGCACUACAACUGCCUGUAUCCUCACUAUACGGGCCUAUAUCACUUCAUCAGUCAAAUAGCCACUGCUCAUUUCAUUUGCAUCAGCAGUCUUGUGCUUUUACCACUUUUUCACUGACUUUAAUGAUUUGCACAUCUUUGGCUCAUGUUUGGUUCAUAUAAUAACACAUUAGGCUAGGAAGGCCUUUAUUAUGGUUUUAUUAACCAUCACAUUAAUCUGUGUGAAAAGUCUAAUGCUAAGCACAAGCCAAAGUGACAGCACUUCUCUAACCAAGUUUGAACCACUAUUGGUCUAUUGAGCUAGUUUAAAUUAACUCUGUGAGUGUGGAUGUGUGGAUCACACUUGUUAUAACACACCUUUUAGGAGGAUGGUUUAUUCAAUAACACAUUCCGACACAAUUAUACUUUUUUGACAGUGUUUUGGCCUGUUCACCUCUCAGAAAUACUCAAGUAGAGGUGUUUUAUGGACACAAGUUUACCAUUUAUGGUUUAUUUGUUAUAAGGAAAUAUUCUCACACCAAUAAUAGUCUCUUUAGCUGUAAACAUCAGAGUUCUGUUUCAUAUAGUGUCUGUUUGUCCCCCCAAUAGAGUAGCUCUUGUUUGUCCUCAUCAGCAAGUCCAAAGUUGACAUAUUUUGUUCUGCGUCUGCUUCCCCCUCCCUCCCCUUUAUUAACAGAGUACACAGGUAGUGAGGAGAAUAUUGACAUCUCAAUAUUCGCUCUUCAGUCCAAAUUGAAUUUGCCACUCAAAUUCCCCCUCUCAGACAAUCACAAGCCUGAGUCAUACCACUGCAGGCCUGGAUACAACCAGUCAAAGCAGAAAAACGUGGAUGGUGGGUAUCAGUGUGUGUCGCUCUCUCCCUUUUGCCAUUAUUUGCCUGGUUUCAAUCCAUAAGUAAUUUGUUCUUCGCUUCGACCUGUAUCUUUUCGAUUCUGUAUCAAACCGAUCUUGCUCAUCAUUUUCCACACUUUCUGGGGUGAAAAGCAAACAAACUGUUCUCACAGUUGAGGACUGAUUCUAUGGUUUACUGAUAGAAUCCAGGGCCUUUUUUUGCUGCUAUGGCUUGCUUUAUACUCAUUAUUGUGCACCAUAUGGUUUGUUAUAUGUUCAACCCACCAAGCUAUGCAUAAGGGAUAUACAGGUAACUGCCAAAAUAAAGGAAACACCAAAAAAGUGUCUUAAUAGGGCGUUGGGCCACCACAAGCUUCCAGAACAGCUUCUAUGUGCCUUGGCAUAGAUUCUACAAGUGUCUGGAACUCUAUUUGACGGAUGCGACCCCAUUCUUCCACUAGAAAUUCCAUCAUUUGGUGUUUUGUUGAUGGUGGUGGAAAACGCUGUCUCAGGCGCCGCUCCAGAAUCUCCCAUAAUUGGGUUGAGAUCUGGUGACUGAGAGACACUUUAAACCCCCUAUGCUCCUUUGAGACCCCUGUUUUAAAGUCACUGAGAUCUCUUCUAGCCAUGGUAGCCAAAAUAAUGGGCAACUGGGUAUUUUUAUACAUGACCCCAAGCAUGAUUGGAUGUUAAUUGCUUAAUUAACUCAGGAACCACACCUGUGUGGAAGCACCUGCUUUCAAUAUACUUUGUAUCCCUCAUUUACUCAAGUGUUUCCUUUAUUUUGGCAGUUACCUGUAUUACAUUUAAAUUUUAGUCAUUUAGCAGACACUCUUAUCCAGAGCGACUUACAGUUAGUGAGUGCAUACAUUAUAUAUAUUUUUCAUACUGGCCCCCCGUGGGAAUCGAACCCACAACCCUGGCGUUGCAAACGCCAUACUCUACCAACUGAGCCAGAUCCCUGCCGGCCAUUCCCUCCCCUACCCUGGACGACGCUGGGCCAAUUGUGCGCCGCCCCAUGGGUCUCCUGGUCGCGGCCGGCUACGACAGAGACUGGAUGUCUGUAUGUAUGUUACAAUACUGUGGAUGAAAUUAGCUAUAGUUUCCUCCUAUAUUUCUACCAUAGAGAAUACUCUCUCUGCUGGUGUUACAAUCAUCUAUUGAUCAAACACAUCAGUUACAUCCUAAUUACAUUAUCUUCUGUGGACUCACAUUGAGAAAUAUACUGUUUGGUAUGAAACUAGCUCAUGGAAGAACUAUGUGUAUGUAGUAUUACAAUGUUUCUAAAAGAGACUCGGGUCAUCUUGAAUGUCCCCUGUAGCUCAGUUGGUAGAGCAUGGCGCUUGCAACGCCAGGGUUGUGGGUUCGUUUCCCACGGGGGGCCAGUAUGAAAAAUGUAUGCACUCACUAACUGUAAGUCACUCUGGAUAAGAGCGUCUGUUAAAUGACUGAAAUGUAAAUGUAAAAUCUUGACCAGGAUUGUGUGUAUUAGUUAACCUUUUCCAUCCCUUGUUUUCCCCUCUAGAUGAGAAUAGCAUCAGUGAUUGGUCCACUGACAGCUGUGGGUGGAGUGAUGAUGAGCUGGGGGUGGAGCUGGACGUUACUACUCCACCCCUGAAUCUGGGCUCUGUUGCCUUGGAGACAGGCGUUCAGGAGAUUGUGCGUUGCGUCUGUGAGGUGGAAGAGGAAAAUGACUUCAUGAUACAGGUGAGCUACCUUGGGGGUUUACCUGGCUCUAGCCCAAACCUCCCUCCAAUACACAUCAGUGAGACUAGUGGAUUCCUACCAACUCUAUUCAUUUAAAUCAAAUAAUUUGUCAAAUGGCACCUAAUCUCUCGGAGACAGAUUCUGCGUGUAAAUCGAAGAAUCUGUCGCGAUGGGAUGGAAUGCGUAGGAUAAAGAGCAGCAGUAGUUCAGGUGUUAUGAUACUGAUGGUUUGUCGAUACUGAUGGUUUGUCGGGACUAGAUGGAGUAGGCCUACAGCUCCAUCUAGUUGUCACGUCUGGACUACACUUAUUGACAAUUGGAGCCUUAACCUAUGUUAAUUCACCUAACCUGCUACGUUAAUUCUACCAACUUGCCAUGCUAGUUUUCCCAACUUGCCAUGUUAGUUAUCCUAACCUGCUAUGUAAACAAACCAUCCGCCUCAACAAACAAUAGUAUCACCACACCGGUGUUUGGGUUUUCAUCACUGAUUAUUUGGAUGCAUCAGGGUUGGGGAAAGGUGGUGCUUAAACGUUAGUUCUGGGUUAACCCAAGAUUAAAUAGCACCUAACUAAAGGCCAAGCCCAUCUCUGAUUCUCCAUAAGCAAGCUCAGGCCAAAAGUUAUCAGCAGAGAAAAACUGUUUGAUUUGCAUGAUUGAGUAGUUGAUAGUAACUCUCUGCUCCCUGGCCUUGUCUCUUGUUUCCCCCAGUGUGAGGACUGUCUGUGCUGGCAGCAUGGAACCUGCAUGGGCCUCCUGGAGGAGAUCAUCCCGGAUAAAUACACCUGCUACAUCUGCAGAGACUCACCAGGUGAGAGCCAGCAACACACAACUGGGCUUGAUAGUAAAUCCUGUGGUGGAAAUGCAACACCAUGUCGUGGAAAUUACCACCAGAUACACCUGAAGUCAAUAUUAAAUGAAUCAUCCUUUAUUAUCAGCACGCUGGAGAGGUUCCAACCAACUCAAUGCACCAUGUACACGUCGGUCAGGAGCUCCGUCGGGGCAGUCCCAUUAGAUCUCUUAUAUACUGCUUACACAGACAAGUUAUAUUUUUCUGGAUGUGUCUUAUGAUAUCACGUGACCCCUCAUGACCUUUGUUCCAGGUCAGAGGCAGAGCCUGCGGUACUGGUAUGACCGUGAUUGGCUGAGCAGUGGUCACAUGUACGGUCUGUCCUUCCUGGAUGAAAACUACUCCCACCAGAAUGCCAAGAAGAUUGCAGCAACACACCAGCUACUAGGAGAUGUACAGCGUGUGGUGGAGGUGCUCAAUGGCCUGCAGCUCAAGAUGAGCAUCCUACAGUAAGUAGAGGAAUAGAAUGGGAAAAACUAUCCAUCUAUACACUAAUAUGAAUCAAUAUCUAAUAUCCUAAUAAAAUGGGUAGAGUCUGAAUGCCCCUGUGUGCCCCUGUAGUACGCAAACCCACCCGGACUUGCGGCUGUGGUGCCAGCCCUGGAAGCAGGCAGAGAGGCCCUGGAGGAGAGGCGGGACGGGGACGGGUACCGACGCAGCACCGUCUCCAGCGCCAACAGACGAGGGCUCAGAGAGGGACCACAAGAGUCUUGCCCGUGGGGGCGCAGAAGCUCUGAUGUCAGCCGCCAUGGAGAAGCUCAGCCGAGCCUCCUCUUCCUCCUUCUCGCCUUACCAGUCGUUCCAGGACUCGUACAUCAUGAGUGAGCACUGCUACCAGAAGCCGCGGGCGUACUACCCUGCGGUGGAGCAGAGGCUGGUGGUGGAGACCACACGGAGGGGCUCUGAGCUGGAGGACAGCCUGAGGAGCACUGAGGACCUGCUGGAGCGAGAGCAGCGCUAUGGAGGCAUGCUGGAGACAGCCAUUCCCAAAGCCCACACACACCUGAACACUCACACCAAGGUUCGUUCUAUUUCAGCCAGUGAUGUAGUGGUAAAACAAUGGGUGGGUAAACAACUGUAAUCGCCGGUCCUUGUUAAAAAAGUCAAGCUCCCUAUACUCUCCAUCCAUACAUCCUGCAUACACAAUACUAUAGUGGUAGAUACUGUAAGAAGUCAGCCUUAUGACUGAAGCAUCCUCUUUCCCAUAUGUCCAGGGUUCAGAUGUUGGUCGCUGGGGCCAGGCCGAGGUGAAAAUGGAGGGUGUGGCCUGCGGUGUGGGAGGGGACGGAGACUGCAGUAGCCAGCAGCACCAGUGGCAGAUCAACCUUCUGGAUCACAUAGAUGCCGUACAGGAAGAGGUCACUAACAGGAUGGACUUCAUCGAGAGGGAGCUGGAUGGUGAGGCAUGCCCUUUGUUUUCUGUUAGCAAGCAAAGCGUUUUGUGAUGCCACUGAUUGUAUAUGUACAAUGGAAAAAGAGAGAAUUUCAAGCAAAAUAACUGUCACAAAGGUGUAGCCACAAUCAAUACAUCUACUGUAUAUUAUAAGUUCCUCUCAACUAUGCAUUUGACAUGAGUGAUUGACAGUGUUGUCUGUUCCGUGUUUCCUCCUCAGCGUUGGAGAGUUGGCUGGACUACACAGGGGAGCUGGAGCCCCCAGAGCCUCUGGCCCGCCUGCCUCAGCUCAAACACCGCAUGAAGCUGUUGCUAACAGAGCUGGCCAAGGUGCAGCAGAUUGCCCUGUGCUGCUCCACAUGA